CACUUCUCCUUCUGGGUCUGCACAUUUUGGUGCUCUGUCAUUCCCAUUUGUGAAAUGAGCAGUAAUUACCACAUUACAUUUGUCUGAGUGACUGGGAGAGAUCCAUUAACUUCCUGCAUAAAAUGAUACUUCAUGCGAGGCUCAUUUUCCUGGUAGGAAUAUGUUUGGGAGGACUAGGAGAGAAAAGUAGCUGUAACUUAGUCUGAUGCUUUCAUUAGAGACUUCCUGUCCUUAAGCUGUCUCACAAUAUAGAGACAGGCAGCAGACCAGGGUGUCAGCCUUGUUGGGGGGGGUUUGGUGGCUCCUGCACAGAACAAAUCCCAGUUUUCAUGGAUUGUGUGUUGUCUCUGUAAAAGAUGGAAUGAUACCUUGGCUUGAACAUCGACGAAAUAAUGAAAAUAAAACAUGGAGGGUUGUUUCUAUUCUGUUUGUUUCUACUCUGUUUGGGUGCAGUGGACUAAGGUCAAAGGCAUGACUAGGCUGGUACCAUGACUGGAGAUGCCUGGAGUGCAGGGAUUGUGGCCGAGUGGAAAAUGCAUUUAUAGGGUGAGAAGGAAUUCUUUUCUUUAUUUGACAUACGUAAUUAUGUUUGGGUUUUGGAUCAGGGCCUCUGUGAAACAGUCAGAAUUGUGAGGAGCUGUGUUACUGUGUUUGAUCUGAAGGUGUUUCUGAUUCUGCCCUUCCUGUAUUGUGUCAAAUUAAGCUUUAAUCAAUUAGCUAGACUAAUCUGUUUUUAAUGUUGGGUAUUGCUCAUGUGCAUUCCCUUAACAUUUUCAUGGUUUUGUCCCCUGUAUUAUGCUCUUAGACUUUAUUUCUUCUCUUACUCUUUAUUUUAAUGUGAAAACAUUUUCUAGUUUCAGACUAAACCAAGAUACAUGUGCACUUUUGCUCAAAUGACACUGGGAAGCAAGGAAGGUGUUUCGUGUUAUCUAGAUACAGUUUCAUUACUAGGCAGCAGGUGUUUCCAUUGAAAUAUGGCCAUGGAUUCCUAUCUUGCUCAUUAGCAAUAUCAGGACUGACAUUUUUAUAGUGAAAAAGCUGUGCUCAGUUCUGAGAUCUUGACUACAGAGAUGCUGAAUUUCCAACUCCCUCCACCCCCUCUCCGUGCAUCUGUUCCAUGUCGUGUUCAGGAAACUGUUGGCAUAUGAAGGAAUUACAGAGAAAGCGUAGACUAGAUUAAAGAAAAGCCUUAACUUGUUCUAUGUUGUUUUCACUCUUACAUUAUUAUAAAACAUUUUUGCAUCAGCAUAUUUGCUUUCAUUUUUAUCAGAAAGAACUGAUAAUACUGUUCCAGUGCCCUUUUACCCAUGAGAGCAAGUGGCAUUUGCUUCCAGGAGCUGGUAAAUCAUGGCCUGGUUUGAGGUUCUGUUAGCAAAGGCAAGGCUAUCUCUGAGCUGCAGGCCAGCCCUGGAUACAUCUUUAGGAUCUCUGGCAAAUCUGCUGAUGGUUUUCCAUUUGCAGUGAUGGAGAGGGCUCUUAGUGGGUAAAAUCCCUCUCAAGCACAGAAGUUGCACGAAGCCUUUGCAGCAUGUUGGAGGCAGGCCCGAGGAAAAGGAAUAAAUUCCUUCUUGCUUAUUACUGGCUUGUUUUGACAAGCAUUCACAUCUCCUAAAAACAAGGUCCCUGCUGAGAUGGAAUACAAUAUGUCCAACAACUAUUGUCAAAAGCGAUGGAGAAGGAAAUAACAUCUUCCCAGGAAACACAAGCCAAGGAGCUGCUAAAGGAGGCAUCAGGAAGCAGCAGAAAGUUCCCAAAGUACAUCCAUUGAAGCACAGUGAGACUGAAAGGAGCUGAUGCCUGGAAUGGAAGAAGAGGGAGAAGAACAUUUAGCAAAAGGCACAGCAAGAAGCCAGAGACUGAAUAAGGGAGACCCUCCACUGCUCCAUGGAGUUUUCCUACUGAGUCCCUGCUUUGGAAAUGGUGAAGGAGUUAAUUGUAAUGUUGAGUGAGAGGCUUUGCUCAGCAAAGCUCCAGGAGCAGCAGCUGAGGACCUGCCUCGCUGGUAAUCUGUACUUAUGCAUUAAUAAAUAGGCUUGUUUCUCCAUUUGAUACAAUGCCAUAGGGUGUUCUAAGGAGCAUAAUUAGUUUGCUAUUAAAUAGGCAAAGAUAUAAUUCUUUUAUACAUCUAUGGAUAGAUAGAUGGCAAGACAAGAAAGACAGCUGCCUUUUGUAAAACAUAGCACAGAUAAUUUCAUUAAAUAAUUUCAUAAUCUACUCAAAACCUCAGGAGGCUUGGGGGUUGCUCCCAGCCUGUCAGCCCAGCCUCUGGAAAAACUCUUUCUCUAGACUAGUUUUUGUCAGAAAGAUUGUAUGUAAAUUAUAUAUUUAACAAUAUUUGACACAGUUCUUUAUUUUUAAGGGUGUUGGAUCCAUCCUGGAUUAGAUAUUUUUCCUAAUUACAUUAAUAUUUAGAAGCUGACUGUUACAUAUAUAAUGGAAAUAAAACAUAGUAGGAAUGUGGAACAAUGGAAAGGUUUUAGGACUUUCUGUCACUGGUUCUUGCUCAGCUCUGUUCUGAAUCAGCUUAUCUUGAAAAUAAUUAUUUUUAAAUUAGCCACCCAAGAAAGAUGUCCAGAAAGAUGACUGUGGCACAUUUUACAAAGUUUUGUAAAUUGAAAUGAAACUGUGACCCACACCCAAACACUGGUGGUUUGGGUGUUUUUUUUGCAAAAUUGAGUGUAUUUACGAAGAGGAAAUCUGGAGAAGAAUAUCCAUUACUAAAUGCAAUUAAAGGGGAGGAAAAAACAACAGCAACUCACUGCAAUUCUUGUAAAGAGCUCUGCUAAACCUCUGGGAAUAGAAGCCACUGAUGCUUCUGGUUCCAGAAUUGUUCUUAAUUAUCUUAUUGCUCUGUUCUCUGUUCUUCUGGUGAACUUCCCUUGAUUCUAAAAAUCAGCACAUACCACACUUUUGCAGACAAAUGAAGUGGAGAAGCAAACUCUGAGGGCUUUUCAGUCCAGGCACCUUGGAGGAGGAAUAUCUGGCACCAAAUUCCUGUAGAUCAGUGGGUGCUUACUGAGACUGGACUAUUUUUCAGAAGACGGGAUUUUUGUCAGUAUUUACUGCCUGCUCAUCAUGUCUUCCAUUCUUGGGAAGAUGAAGAAAUUUGGCAGUUUUGACAUGGAGGACUCUGAAGUGGCAGAUGAACACACGGAAGGGGAGGACUCUGUCCUGGAAACAUCUGACAGCUCCCAGGGCCCACCCAGCACCAGGGCCCAGCCACCCAAAAGCAACAUCUUUGCAAGGCGUGGGCGGUUUGUGAUGGGGGACAGUGACAAGGACAUGGCUCCCAUGGACUCCUUUUACCAGAUGGAUCACCUGAUGGCACCUUCUGUCAUCAAAUUGCAUGUCAAUUUGGAGAGGGGGAAAUUUCACAAGCUCCUGUCUGCAGAUUCCAUCACAGGCUGCUCAGAAAAAGCUUUCAAGUUUUACGAUCGCAGAAGGAUCUUUGAUGCUGUAGCCCGAGGCAACACAAAGGACCUGAGUGACCUGCUACUCUACCUUAAUAGAACCUUCAAGCAUCUCACAGAUGAGGAGUUCAAAGAGCCUGAAACUGGGAAAACCUGUUUACUGAAAGCCAUGCUGAAUCUGCAUGAUGGGAAAAAUGAUACCAUUCCCUUGCUGCUGGAUAUUGCAAGGAAAACUGGAACUCUGAAAGAGUUUGUUAAUGCAGAAUAUACUGACAACUACUACAAGGGCCAGACUGCUCUUCACAUCGCCAUCGAGAGAAGGAACAUGUACCUGGUGAAGCUCUUGGUCCAGAAUGGAGCAGAUGUUCAUGCACGAGCCUGUGGGGAGUUCUUCAGGAAAAUCAAAGGGAAAUCUGGCUUUUAUUUUGGGGAGCUGCCCUUGUCCCUGGCUGCCUGCACCAACCAGCUCUGCAUUGUGAAAUUCCUGCUGGAGAAUCCCUACCAGGCUGCUGACAUUGCUGCUGAGGACUCCAUGGGCAACAUGGUCCUGCACACCCUGGUGGAGAUUGCAGAUAACACUAAGGAUAACACCAAGUUUGUAACCAAGAUGUACAAUAACAUAUUGAUCCUUGGUGCCAAAAUUAAUCCAAUCCUGAAGCUGGAAGAGCUCACCAACAAGAAAGGGCUGACUCCAUUAACCCUGGCAGCCAAAACAGGGAAGAUAGGGAUUUUCGCUUACAUCCUCAGACGAGAGAUCAAAGAUCCCGAGUGCAGACACCUGUCUAGGAAGUUCACUGAAUGGGCAUAUGGACCUGUCCACUCCUCUCUUUAUGACCUGUCCUGUAUAGACACAUGUGAGAAAAAUUCAGUGCUGGAGAUUCUUGCCUACAGCAGUGAGACACCAUCUGGUACAUACUGGUCCCAGCAAGACUCUCCUCUUUCUCCUUCUGCUCAGAACCGGCACGAGAUGCUACUGGUGGAGCCCCUUAACAGGCUCCUGCAAGACAAGUGGGACCGGUUUGUCAAACACUUGUUUUACUUCAACUUCUUUGUCUAUACCUUGCACAUCAGCAUCCUCACUGCAGCUGCUUACUACAGACCUGUACAGAAGGACCAAAAGCCUCCCUUCACCUUUGGUUACACCACUGGGGAGUAUUUUCGAGUGACUGGAGAGAUCCUGAGUGUUCUGGGAGGCCUCUAUUUUUUUUUCAGAGGGAUACAAUAUUUCGUGCAGAGGCGCCCGUCACUCAAGACGGUGAUCAUUGAUGGCUACAGUGAGGUUCUUUUCUUUGUUCAUUCCUUGCUCCUCCUGAGCUCUGUGGUGCUGUACUUCUGUGGUCAGGAACUCUACGUGGCUUCCAUGGUGUUCUCCUUGGCACUGGGCUGGGCCAACAUGCUCUACUACACCCGUGGCUUCCAACAGAUGGGCAUUUACUCUGUCAUGAUUGCCAAGAUGAUCCUUAGAGAUCUGUGUCGCUUCAUGUUUGUCUAUCUAGUGUUCCUCUUGGGAUUUUCUACAGCUGUGGUGACUUUAAUUGAAGAUGACAACGAGGGGCAAGAGACAAAUACCUCUGACUAUUCCCGCUGCUGCCACGUGAGACGAGGCCGCACAUCCUACAACAGCCUGUAUUACACCUGCCUGGAGCUUUUCAAGUUCACUAUUGGGAUGGGGGACCUGGAGUUCACAGAGAACUACAGGUUCAAGUCUGUGUUUGUCAUCCUCUUGGUUCUCUAUGUCAUCCUCACGUACAUCCUCCUGCUCAACAUGCUCAUCGCGCUGAUGGGGGAAACUGUGAACAAAAUUGCACAGGAGAGCAAGAGCAUCUGGAAACUCCAGAGAGCCAUCACAAUCUUGGAUAUCGAAAACAGCUACUUGAACUGUUUGAAGCGCUCGUUCCGGUCCGGGAAGCAAGUCUUGGUGGGGAUCACACCUGAUGGCCAAGAUGAUUACAGAUGGUGCUUUAGGGUUGAUGAAGUGAACUGGUCUACGUGGAAUACGAAUCUGGGCAUAAUCAAUGAAGACCCCGGGUACUCCGGGGACCUCAGACGGAAUCUCAGUUUCUCUAUUAAACCUGGCAGAGCACAAAAUGCGAAGGAUGAAGUGGGCUCAUCACUCACAGCAGUUUGACUCUUGGGAAUAAAACCCCCAUAGAUCUGUCAUUCUGAAUGAAGAUUUUACAAAACAUAAUGUGUAAAUCCUGAGGAGAUGGAGCAGUGUAUGAUGGCAACCAGAUAGCCAGGAGGAGGUUUUUGGAGGCCCCAAGCCCUACAGUUUGGGAGCUCAGCCCCCAGCACAGAAGUAUUUAACUGUGCAAUCAGUCUCUGCUGUACUUGCCAGCUGAAUUAUGGAAAACUCAUGCAACAGUAUGGGCAAGAAAACCACAAAGCCCUUUCUUCCUGCUUCUUUCUUCUUCUUUCAUCAGCUUCCUAUUUAAACCACUUGGAUAUUUACUGAUUCUGUGGAGGGGGAAAAAUUAACCAUUCCUUUCCUUUGUAGUUUCAGGGAAACACUGGAAAACAUUGGUUCCACUUUUAAGAGAUGGAAGCAGGAGAGAAGAUACUCACAAGCUACCAGAGGAAGUCAAAUUAAAACCAGUUUUGGAACCUUAUGAGCCA